ACUGCUCCUGGAGGCUGGACCACGCACUAGCAUCCUCAGGGCUCCCAGGUCCGGAGCUCCUAGGUCUGGCGGCGCUCGCCCACAGCAGCUGGACGCUAGAUCUCUCCGGGGCGGCCCCUCCGGGGUGGCCGCGGCCUCGGCUCAGCCCCUCCCUCUUCCCUUGCUUCUUCUCCUCGCCCUCCUCCUCGCUCCCUCACCACGUAGGAGUUCCCAUUCUCCACCCAAGCCGUCCUGCUUUUCCCCUUUCCUUCCUUUUGGAAACCAGAGACUCGGAAGGAGGCGACCAGGCUGCGGAGGAGAGGGCCGGCUCGCAAAGUGCUGCUUUGACACAUCCUUAGGAUGGAAGUUAAGUGAAAACAGAACAACACAAAACAAAACUCCGCGAAGUGUUGCAGCUACGGAGGAGACCAAGGGGAGAGAAAACUCGGUGGGCAGGCCAAUGGUUGCUCCGCAGCGCGUUGGCAAGUUUGUGGAACACUUUCUAGGAAUUAGGUCUUUUUUUUUUUGUCCCCCAUCAUCUUCUUGACUUCUGAAGAAAGAAGUUGGGUUUGGAAUGCAAUGGAGUCUAAGGAGACAGGGCUAGACGCACGUGAAUAGUCCCGCCAGCUGGGCUGAAUUUGUGGGAAUUUAGGAAGCCAGCCUGCGGAAGUACAGCGGCUCUGGAGUCCCCUGGGUUCAUUCGGAUGGCACCUAACGUGUCCCGCGUCAGACCUCUUCACCAAAAGCUUCCGAUGUUACCAUUUUGCUCUUAAAUUUAUCUCUAGGAAAGUCUAAACUUCGGACCUACCUCCUUUUUUGAUACUUAUUUUUGUACUUCUGCUCUCUGGGAUUGGUUUCUUAAACAACCUGGAUCCUUUUUCAUAUGUCAAAAUGACUCCUCUGAUGUUUACACUACUAUUGCUCUUUGGAUUUCUCUGCAUUCGGACUGACGGAUCUCGUCUUCGUCAAGAAGACUUUCCCCCCAGGAUCGUAGAACACCCUUCUGACGUCAUCGUCUCCAAGGGAGAGCCCACCACUCUGAACUGUAAAGCAGAGGGCCGGCCCACUCCCACCAUUGAAUGGUACAAGGAUGGUGAGCGGGUGGAGACAGACAAGGAUGAUCCCAGGUCACACAGGAUGCUUCUGCCCAGCGGAUCCUUAUUCUUUUUGCGAAUUGUUCACGGACGCAGAAGUAAACCAGAUGAAGGAACUUACGUUUGUGUUGCAAGGAACUAUCUUGGUGAAGCAGUGAGUCGCAAUGCAUCUCUGGAAGUAGCAUUAUUGCGAGAUGACUUCCGGCAAAACCCCACAGAUGUGGUAGUCGCAGCAGGAGAGCCUGCAAUCUUGGAGUGCCAGCCACCACGGGGACACCCAGAACCAACCAUCUACUGGAAAAAGGACAAAGUCCGAAUUGAUGAGAAGGAAGAGAGAAUAAGUAUCCGUGGUGGGAAGCUGAUGAUCUCCAAUACUAGGAAAAGCGAUGCUGGCAUGUAUACCUGUGUGGGAACCAACAUGGUGGGAGAAAGGGACAGCGACCCUGCAGAGCUCACUGUCUUUGAACGACCCACGUUUCUCAGGAGGCCAAUCAACCAGGUGGUGCUGGAGGACGAGCCUGCAGAAUUCCGCUGUCAGGUCCAAGGAGAUCCCCAGCCAACGGUGAGGUGGAAAAAGGAUGACGCAGACUUACCAAGAGGAAGGUAUGAUAUCAAGGACGACUACACCCUGAGAAUCAAAAAGGCCAUAAGUGCAGAUGAAGGCACCUAUGUGUGCAUUGCUGAGAACCGGGUGGGAAAAGUGGAAGCUUCUGCCACCCUCACUGUCCGAGCUCCUCCACAGUUUGUGGUUAGGCCAAGAGAUCAGAUCGUUGCUCAGGGCCGGACAGUGACAUUCCCCUGUGAAACUAAAGGAAACCCACAGCCAGCUGUCUUCUGGCAGAAAGAAGGCAGCCAGAACCUACUUUUCCCGAAUCAACCUCAGCAGCCCAAUAGCCGCUGUUCAGUGUCGCCCACGGGGGACCUCACCAUCACCAACAUUCAGCGUUCAGAUGCGGGUUACUACAUCUGCCAGGCCCUAACUGUGGCAGGAAGCAUUUUAGCUAAAGCACAGCUGGAAGUUACUGACGUUUUGACAGAUAGACCUCCACCCAUAAUCUUGCAAGGACCAAUAAACCAAACACUUGCGGUAGAUGGCACAGCAUUACUGAAAUGUAAAGCCACUGGCGAACCUCUUCCUGUAAUUAGCUGGCUAAAGGAGGGCUUUACUUUUCUGGGUAGAGAUCCAAGAGCUACGAUCCAAGACCAAGGAACACUGCAGAUUAAGAAUUUACGGAUUUCUGAUACUGGCACUUAUACAUGUGUGGCUACAAGUUCGAGUGGGGAGACUUCCUGGAGUGCAGUGCUGGAUGUAACAGAAUCUGGAGCAACAAUCAGUAAAAAUUAUGAUACAAAUGACCUCCCGGGGCCACCAUCCAAACCUCAGGUCACUGAUGUUACGAAGAACAGUGUCACCCUAUCCUGGCAACCAGGUACCCCUGGCGUUCUUCCAGCAAGCGCAUAUAUCAUUGAGGCUUUCAGCCAAUCGGUGAGCAACAGCUGGCAGACAGUGGCAAACCAUGUUAAGACGACUCUCUAUACAGUCAGAGGACUAAGGCCCAACACAAUCUAUCUGUUCAUGGUCAGAGCGAUCAACCCCCAAGGUCUCAGUGAUCCAAGCCCCAUGUCGGAUCCUGUACGCACACAAGAUAUCAGUCCCCCAGCACAAGGCGUGGACCACAGACAAGUGCAGAAGGAGUUAGGAGAUGUCACUGUUCGUCUCCACAAUCCAGUUGUCCUGACACCUACAACUGUUCAAGUCACAUGGACGGUGGACCGACAACCCCAGUUUAUUCAGGGCUACAGAGUGAUGUACCGACAGACUUCUGGUCUACAAGCUUCAACUGUGUGGCAGAAUCUAGAUGCCAAAGUCCCGACUGAGAGGAGUGCUGUCCUUGUGAAUCUGAAAAAGGGGGUGACUUAUGAAAUUAAAGUCAGGCCAUAUUUCAAUGAGUUCCAAGGAAUGGACAGUGAAUCAAAAACAAUCCGUACUACUGAGGAAGCUCCAAGUGCGCCUCCCCAGUCUGUCACGGUGCUGACCGUUGGAAGCCAUAACAGCACAAGCAUUAGUGUUUCCUGGGAUCCUCCACCAGCCGACCACCAGAAUGGAAUCAUACAGGAAUACAAGAUCUGGUGUCUGGGAAAUGAAACGCGAUUCCAUAUCAAUAAAACUGUGGAUGCAACCAUUCGCUCUGUAGUAAUAGGUGGCUUGUUCCCUGGAAUUCAGUACCGGGUGGAAGUGGCAGCUAGUACAAGUGCAGGGGUUGGAGUAAAAAGUGAACCACAGCCAAUAAUCAUUGGGGGACGUAACGAAGUUGUCAUUACUGAAAACAAUAACAGCAUAACUGAGCAAAUCACUGAUGUCGUGAAGCAACCAGCAUUUAUAGCUGGCAUCGGUGGUGCCUGCUGGGUAAUUUUGAUGGGUUUUAGCAUCUGGUUAUACUGGAGAAGAAAGAAGAGAAAGGGACUUAGCAAUUAUGCUGUAACAUUUCAAAGAGGAGAUGGAGGACUAAUGAGCAAUGGGAGCCGUCCAGGUCUUCUAAAUACUGGCGACCCCAGUUAUCCAUGGCUUGCUGACUCAUGGCCAGCCACGAGUUUGCCAGUCAACAACAGCAAUAGUGGCCCAAAUGAAAUCGGAAAUUUUGGGCGUGGAGAUGUGCUGCCUCCAGUCCCAGGCCAAGGGGAUAAAACAGCAACAAUGCUCUCAGAUGGAGCUAUUUAUAGUAGCAUUGACUUCACUACCAAGACCACUUACAACAGUUCCAGCCAAAUAACGCAGGCCACCCCAUAUGCCACUACCCAGAUCCUGCAUUCCAACAGCAUCCAUGAACUGGCAGUUGAUCUUCCUGAUCCACAGUGGAAAAGCUCAGUUCAACAGAAAUCAGACCUCAUGGGAUUUGCUUACUCACUACCUGAUCAGAACAAGGGGAACAAUGCCUUACUUUACAUCCCUGACUACCGAUUGGCUGAGGGAUUGUCUAAUAGAAUGCCACACAACCAGUCACAGGAUUUCAGCACCACCAGCUCUCACAACAGCUCAGAAAGGAGUGGCAGUCUCUCAGGUGGGAAAGGUGGAAAAAAGAAGAAAACUAAAAAUUCUUCAAAGGCGCAAAAAAACAACGGAUCCACUUGGGCUAAUGUCCCUCUACCUCCUCCUCCUGUCCAGCCCCUUCCGGGUACAGAGCUCGGACACUAUCCUGCGGAACAGGAAAAUGGCUAUGACAGUGAUAGCUGGUGCCCACCAUUACCAGUGCAAACCUAUUUGCAUCAGGGAAUGGAAGACGAGUUGGAAGAGGAUGAAGAUCGCGUCCCAACACCUCCUGUUCGCGGUGUGGCCUCUUCACCCGCUAUCUCCUUUGGGCAGCAGUCCACUGCCACUCUUACACCAUCCCCACGGGAGGAGAUGCAACCCAUGCUGCAAGCUCACUUGGAUGAGUUAACCAGGGCCUAUCAGUUUGAUAUAGCAAAACAAACAUGGCACAUUCAAAGCAAUACUCCACCUCCACAACCCCCAGUUCCACCAUUAGGUUACGCGUCCGGAGCCUUGAUUUCUGACUUGGAGACAGAUGUUCCAGAUGAGGAUGCUGAUGAUGAAGAGGAACCAUUAGAAAUUCCCAGGCCCCUCAGAGCACUAGACCAGACUCCUGGUUCCAGUAUGGACAAUCUAGACAGCUCUGUAACAGGAAAAGCCUUUACUUCCUCUCAAAGGCAGCGGCCCACCAGCCCAUUUUCUACAGACAGUAACACCAGUGCUGCCCAGAAUCAAAGCCAGAGGCCUCGGCCCACCAAAAAACACAAGGGAGGGCGGAUGGACCCACAGCCAGUGUUACCUCAUCGGAGGGAAGGGAUGCCAGAUGAUCUUCCCCCACCACCAGAUCCCCCACCAGGUCAGGGUUUAAGGCAGCAGAUAGGCCUGAGCCAACACUCUGGUAACGUGGAAAGCUCAACAGAGAGGAAAGGAAGCUCUCUAGAGAGACAACAAGCAGCCAACUUAGAAGACACAAAGAGCUCAUUGGAUUGUCCGGCUAAAACUACUGUAGAGUGGCAGCAUCAAACCCAGGACUGGAUAAACUCUACAGAGCGCCAAGAAGAAACACGGAAAGCCCCACACAAACCAGGGGUUGGAUCAGAGGAGUCCCUGGUGCCCUACAGCAAGCCCAGCUUCCCAUCUCCAGGCGGGCACAGCUCAUCCGGAACAGCCUCCUCUAAAGGGUCCACUGGUCCUCGGAAGGCUGAGAUUCUGAGGGGCAGCCACCAGCGGAAUGCCAAUGACCUUCUCGACAUUGGAUAUGUGGGCUCAAAUAGUCAAGGGCAGUUUACAGGUGAAUUGUAGUAACUGAGAGGAGACAUACAAAGACGCUCUGAGGACCAUCAGGUCCAAACUCAUGGAAGUGAUGACAUUUAACAGUGCAAUGAACAAUUUCUUUAUUUAUGUACUAUUAAAAAAUACUGUAAAUGCAAUGUAAAGACACAGCCACACAUAUCCCACAGUUCUUUUCUUGUGUCCUUCUCUUACUUACACCACCCACCUUAACUCUUUCUUGUCAGGAGUAUAUAAGAAAAAGAAAGAAAGCAAAACUCGCCCUCCAGGAAGAAAAGGAUUUUCCUCUGUACAUAAUUUCUUUGGUGCAUUGCUAUGCAAGCUCACUCUUUUUAACUCUGUUCGUAUUAUUGUCUGUUCUUAUUGGUCUGUUGUACUAUAUGUGAAUUAAUGGGCUGUGGUACCAUAUAUUAACUUUUAAUUGUGUAACUUUUUAUGUUUAAAUUUUGCACUGCAAUUUUAUUUGGUGAUAAGCACAAAUCUCUCCUCCUCAUAACAUGAAGAAAAGAUUGAAUGUGAAGGGAGUGUUCUGUACUGUAAGCUAGGUGGACAAUGCUGGUGUGACCAAUCCUGUUAGACGGUUUUCAGUUGGGGGUGUAGAAAUAGGAAGAUGCGAAGGAAUGAUGGGUGUUGGCAAAGUCUUCUUGAACCAUCAGAUACUGAGUCAAUUUUAAGAAGCAGAAAGAUGGAUGCUAUUGACUAUAGCAGGGGUCAAAAGAAGGGGCUUUGAGUCUAGACAGAAUAUGUAAGAAAGUAUGGCGGUGGCAAAGAUGUACUAACUUGCUUUAAAAAUCUUAUUAAAGUUUUAUUUAGAAUGAACUUCACUGGCCAUUGUAAUUAACCCAUCUUAGAAUUACAAUGAGCAAAAUAAAAUCAAGGUGGUUCAAGAGAUCUGUAUUUAUAUAUUCCAGCUUUAAAAAAAAACAGCAGUUUUGAAUUACCAUAAUUAAUCUCUCCAACUCAUUAAGUCAGACUAUAACAUAGAGUUCCCCAAGGAAACAAAGAAAAUGAACUCCAGAGAUUCCAGCAAAUAGUUAAAGGAGCCACUUAUUGUCAGGGCACACUCGGCUGCUCUGGACUAUAAGCUCAGUUGUAGUAUUGUGUUCGUCUUUCUAAUACACAUACAGUACAUAAUAGAGGAUGUAGUCACAUCACUUCGGUUCAUUUCUUUGCUUUUUUUAAAAGCAAACCAAUGCAUUCUACAUACAAUUUUGUGUUUCUUCUGAUGAAAACGUGAAACCAAUGCUACCACAUGUAUAGCUGAGUUAUCAGUGCCUAAGGGCAGUGCUCGCAGUGUGUUCAGUUUCUGGUUAGUUGAUUUACUGGGCUCAAUAUUUUCUGGUACAGUCUCAGAAAUUGGCCACCAACUAAAACCUGUUUGACCCAUUUUGAAUGAGUAAAUCGGAAAGAACAGUCAAAAGGGAGAAAAAAAAUGCAUGUUUAUACACUUUUUAAAUAAAACCAAAUCUUGUACGUGGACAUUAAUGACAGUGUCCUGCCUCAUUUGUUUUCACGACUUUGAGAACAAGGAGUUCCUGAACAUCAAUUAUGUAUGCUCAAGAUAAAUGUGACUUUGAAAUGUAUGUUAGCUACUGUACAUGUAUGUAAGUCAAGUAGAUGAUAGCCUUCCUAAAAUUACCACUUAUGAUAUUUUCCCAUGUGCUCCUUACAGAGCUUAAGUUCUACUUCAGCCGGUAAUUUUUAUUAUUUCUCUUAUGAUAUAUUCAAUAGAUGGUACCUUAAAAAAUUCUCAGUGUGAUGGGCAAUAUAUUGAGUUUUCAAGUAGGGGAUAUUUAUGUUGACAGUACAUGCCUUGCAUCAUUGGCUCAGAUGCCAAUUCAUGGGACAUUAUUGUAGGGAAUGGAUAAUGUAAGUACACGGUCCUAAGGGUCCUUCUCCACGGGCAAGCAUAGAAUUUGAGGUUCUUCAUGGGUUCCAACAUUUUCUUAGUGCUCUAUCCUUAACUUCACUGAAGUAACAAAAAAUUCUGACACACCCUUUAACAACUUUCUACCAUCAGUGCCUGAAUUUUAUUGAAGUUUCGUAUCUCUGGUACAAAGAAAUAGGAAAAACUGAACAGUUUCUGUGGGGAAAAAAGAUUUAUGUAAUUAUUGUCAAUUCUAAGUUGUGAUGAAUUUAACUUUUCGUUUAUACAGUUCCUGAUAUCCUGACCUCUAUUUAAAAGCAUGGGAUCUUUUAAAAUACAUAUUUUACUUGUGUUUUCACUGUAUGUUCACGAAUAAUAUAAUUUAGUGGAAAACUUCAGUAUAUCACAUGUAUGGCAACUGACAUUUGCAGAUUAUUAUCAAACCAAAUCAUAUGAAUUGAUAUCUGUAGAUCACUUGAUGACUUACAGAACAAUUUCAGGUUUUAGCACCAUGUCAUUCUGAUUGUUCUCAGUAUAUGAUCAUAAUUAUAUUGUGUUUAUACAGAUUGCAGACUGUGAUUAGUGCAAAAUCUUGUAUCUGAUAUCUACUGUAAAGGUGAACUAACAUGCUCUGGUGAUUUGAAUUCAGGCAUAAGCAAGCUAACAGCAAUACAAAACUUUCCUCAUCUAGGUAUUGGACAAAUCCAUUCAUCAUCAACCAUCAGAUGGUUAACUGAGAAACAUAUACCUCUCCCCCCAUGAAAACCCCAUCUCUUUUCAUCUUGUCGUUGAUUGAAUGUGAUAGAAAAUCUACUGAGUUUACUCUUCUGUGGGCCUGAGCAGAAACAUGCAUAAGCCAUCAAGAAGGAAGUCUGGGUGGGAAUGAACCCUCAUCUUUUACUCAUAGGCAAUACUGCUGUGCUGUCAUGGCAGACCCAAGCACAGCUUCUUUCAGAACAGGCAACAUCUCCUUAGGGAAUGUAUAUAUCAGUGCUCAAACUCAGGUAUGCCAGUAUAAACAGUAAGGCUCCCUUACCCCCCCUUUUCAUGCCCUUUGACAUAAAGUAGGUUAGAAGACUAUAAAGCUAUGAAAACCCUCGAUUCCUUCACAGGAUUUGGAGCAAGUUUAUGGAAGUAUAUGGGACAGUCAAGACCAAUGUAAAUACAACCGAAGUAAAGAAAAGCCUUGCAGAAACGCACACUUCCACUAGCAAAACAGAUUUACCAUGUUCUAUGUGGUAGUUUAACGCUCUCCAUGUUUAAAUCCCAUCGUCAAUGGGAUUUAAGUUGUAAGUUUAUAUGUGGUUUCACAUCCAAGUUCUAACUUAAUAAAUUUAUGCAAUUUGUUUCAUUGAUGAAAACACAAUAUUCACAUCAGUGAGCUCCCAACUGAGGAUCGCUUUUCCGAAAAAAGCAAUCCUGUCAGUAUUAAAGAUAUGCAGAACCAUAACAUUCACUACUAAUGUUAUUUUGUUCAACUACUUCUGUAUAGUGUGAAAAGGGGGUAGGGGCACAACCGUUUCCACAUUAUCUGAGAGGUAAAACUAUUUUUGCGUUGCUUGGUCCUAAUGGAUACUUCAAAUGAAACACCAUACAAUUUUAAAUGACAUGCAAUUUAUGAAUAUUUUUUACUCUUAUAAUUUUAAAACCAUUUGUUGUGAUUUUAAAGUGUUACAAGAUAGGAGAUUUUGUGGUUGUGGGUAGACUUUUUAUACUUUGUUUUAUAGCUGAAUUUUUUUCACUGUAGUUUAUUUGAGUGAACAAACACUAUUCCAAAUCUCGAUGUGUUUCAUUUGAUAUUGUUAGAUGAGCAAAGAAAUUGGCAUAAAAUUGAUUCAUAGUAUUGUCAAUGAAUUGUGUAUUGUGUAUUCACUGGGAAAAAUAAAAAUAUAUUCACAUUUCAAUUUUGUAAAAAAAAAAGCCAUUUAUGUAAAACCAAUUUGUCUGUAGACAAACCAAAAAUAGAUCCUGUGUCACUUUCAGAAUUCUGUGACUAUUUUGUGGCCCAAUAUUCCUAUUUCUUUUUUCUAUUCAAAUAUGGAUCAGAAGUGCUAAGUAGGAAAUAAUGUUGACUAGUUAGUCAUGAUUAAAAGACAGCAAUAAAGACUGCAAGUAUUUGAAAUUAUA